AGCAACUACGACAUCUCCAGAAUUCCAGCUGGACUAAAUAUUUUGAGCUUGCACACUCACUGCGUAGCCAUGUUCCCACUGCUCCAAGAGCCCCGUCCUUCCUAUAUACACUGCCCCAUCACACUGUUCACUCGUCGUCCAGCCCAAGUCUCCAAGAUCAGAGGAUGCCUCUUGCCACAAUGGCAUCGGCAUCCUCGUCCCGGUAUCCUUCCCUCUUGGUCGCUCUCUUGUGCGCCAUUGCCGCCGUCUCUUCUGCGGCCGCCGGUCCGGGCAAUAGCCGCGGUGGUAGCGUGGGACGCGGCCCGAUCAGCACGAACGGGAAGAACUACACCGAGGUGUGCGACCCGGCGCGGUUCGCGGCCUUGGGCCUCGACAUGUCGGGCUUCCGGUACUGCGACGCGUCGCUGCCGUACGCCGACCGGGUGAGGGACCUCGUGGGCCGGCUGACGCUGGAGGAAAAGGUGCGCAACCUCGGUGACCAAGCGGAGGGCGCGCCCCGCGUCGGGCUGCCGCCAUACAAGUGGUGGGGGGAGGCCCUGCACGGCGUGUCCGACGUCGGACCCGGCGGCACGUGGUUCGGCGACGUGGUGCCCGGCGCCACCAGCUUCCCGCUCGUCAUCAACAGCGCGGCGGCGUUCAACGAGUCCCUGUGGCGGGCCAUCGGCGGAGCGGUGUCCACGGAGAUCAGGGCCAUGUACAACCUGGGCCACGCCGAGCUCACCUACUGGAGCCCCAACAUCAACGUGGUGCGCGACCCGCGGUGGGGCCGCGCCAGCGAGACCCCCGGCGAGGACCCCUUCGUCAUCGGCCGCUACGCCGUCAGCUUCGUCCGCGGCAUGCAGGACGUCGACCGCCCAUACGCUGGCGGCGACCCCUUCUCGCGGCCCAUCAAGGUCUCCAGCUGCUGCAAGCACUUCGCCGCCUACGACGUGGACGCGUGGUUCAAGGCCGACCGCCUCACGUUCGACUCGCAGGUCCAGGAGCGCGACAUGAUCGAGACCUUCGAGCGCCCAUUCGAGAUGUGCAUCCGCGAGGGCGACGCGAGCUGCGUCAUGUGCUCCUACAACCGCAUCAACGGCAUCCCCGCCUGCGCCGACCACCGCCUCCUGUCGGAGACCGUCCGCGACCAGUGGCAGCUCCACGGGUACAUCGUCUCCGACUGCGACUCGGUCCGCGUCAUGGUCAGGGACGCCAAGUGGCUCAACUACACCGGCGUCGAAGCGACCGCUGCGGCCAUGAAGGCCGGCCUGGAUUUGGACUGUGGCAUGUUCUGGGAGGGCUCCCGGGACUUCUUCACCACCUACGGCCUCGACGCCGUGCGGCAAGGGAAGCUGAAGGAGGCCGACGUCGACAACGCCCUGAGCAAAGUCUACGUGACCCUGAUGCGGCUCGGCUUCUUCGAUGGCAUGCCGGAGUACGAGUCCCUCGGCGUGAAAGACGUUUGCAGCAAGAAGCACAAGGAACUGGCUGCCGACGCCGCGAGGCAGGGGAUGGUGCUCCUCAAGAACGAUGCCGGCCGACUCCCAUUGGACCCCAAGAAGAUUAAAUCACUGGCGCUGGUUGGCCUAUUGGAACACAUCAAUGCUACUGAUGUCAUGCUUGGAGAUUACCGAGGCAAACCUUGCGGAGUUGUGACGCCAUACGAUGCUAUAAGGAAGAUGGUCAAUGCCACGUACGUGCACGCGUGCGACAACGGGGCGUGUGACGCGGCAAAAGGGGUGGGCAGAGCAGCCAUGUCUGCGCAGACCGUCGAUGCGACCAUCGUCAUUGCCGGCUUGAACAUGAGCGUGGAAAGGGAGAGCAACGACAGGGAGGAUCUCCUCCUGCCGUGGAACCAAACCGGCUGGAUCAAUGCCGUCGCCGAGGCCUAUCCGUACUCAAUCAUCCUCGUGAUCAUGUCGGCAGGCGGCGUGGACGUCUCCUUUGCGCAGAACAACCCAAAGAUCGGCUCCAUCGUCUGGGCCGGGUACCCUGGCGAGGAAGGCGGCACGGCCAUCGCCGAUGUUGUCUUCGGGAAACACAAUCCAGGAGGAAGGCUGCCAUUGACUUGGUUCAAGAACGAGUACGUCAACCAGAUCCCAAUGACGUCCAUGGCGCUGCGUCCCGACGCCGCGCACGGCUACCCCGGCCGAACCUACAAGUUCUACGGCGGGCCGGCCGUGCUCUACCCGUUCGGCCACGGCCUCAGCUACACCAACUUCAGCUACGCGUCCGGCACCACCGGCGCCUCGAUCACGGUCCUGGUCAGCGCCUGGGAGCACUGCAAGGAGCUCACCUACAAGCCGGGGGUGACACCGCCGGCCUGCCCGGCCGUCAACGUGGCCAGCCACAGGUGCGACGAGUCAGUGAGCUUCAACCUCACGGUGGCCAACACCGGCAGAGUGGACGGCGAUCACGUGGUGGCGGUGUACACCGCGCCGCCGCCCGAGGUGGACGACGCGCCGCUGAAGCAGCUGGUGGCGUUCCGGAGGGUGUUCGUGCCCUCCGGGGCGGCCGUCGACGUGCCCUUCACGCUCAACGUGUGCAAGGAGUUCGGGAUCGUCGAGGAGACUGCGUACACCGUCGUGCCGUCGGGCGUCAGCACGGUCCUCGUCGGAGACGGCGCGCUGUCGAUGUCAUUCCCGGUCAAGAUCGAGUUGGCGGUGUAGAUCAUUCUUUCCCAAGGCUAGGAGUUCAUUGGGAAUUUUUUUCACUGAAAGUAAUAACGAUUAAACCUAGCGAGCAAAAAUCAAAAGCAAGUGUAAUUAUAUUUUACACCAUGCUGUACAAAAACAGAAGCAGAUACAUCUCGGUGAGAAAUUGUACUCAGUUUCACGGACUCAUGAAAAGUAACAUCCGAUUCUCGAA